AUGGAAAAAAAGAAGACCUCAAGGCUGUUGUUCUCAGAUCCACUGGAGCAACAGCCCAUGUGAAGGAAGAUUGCGUGUUGGAGGACAACACUGGGUCAUCAAUGAUUCACAUUUGGGAACCCCUUGUCCAUACCUUGACAACGGGUAAAUCAUACUGCUUCACCAACCUGACAGUAAAGAAUUUCCAAGGGUCGACGUAUCUAAGUACAUCGCCAAACACAACAGCAAACCUUACAACACAAACAGUGCAAACCCUGACUGGACCAGAUAUGCUCAAAAGUCCAGAAAAGGAAGUAACUGCUUCAGAAUUCAAUUUGGUGUCAAAGCUAAACAUCUUUUGUUCCUGCAAAGUGUGCAAAAAACGCUUAAAUGAUGUUGAAUCAUUCACUUGCACCACACUGAAGUGUGAAAACUGUGGUACACGUCAAAGAUCAAGAGAUAUCAAACUGCAGGCUUCAGCAAAAAUUUCUAUCACUGAAUCAGAAGGUGACAACAGCAAAGAGAUGUGGAUCCAGGCUUUCACUGAGCAACUAGAAACCCUGCUGGCAGGAUCAACCUUAUCCCUAAAGGAUAAAAUCGAUGACAUUGAAGUUUAUCUUAUGUCUCUGGAAGACAUUUGUUUGGUAUACAAUGUCCAAACAACAAACAUUACAAAGAUUCUC